AUCAGAUAUUUAACAUAAUAACAGUGCUUAUUAAAAUAAAUAUUAGUGUUAGUAUCAAAUUGUGAUGAGUUUGCAUUCCAAACAAUUCUGCUAAUUUAAAAUUACGAAAAAAAAUCCUCCACAUUAAGUCUGGAAAAAUGGCGAUGGGUAAGAAUUACCGUAUUCUGGAAAAGAAUAAACCAGAACAACCCCAUAGCAUUAUCUUGGAGCACAGAUCACGACCAGAAACACUCCUUUUCGAAUCACAAGCUGUGGCAAAUUUGUCUGCUCAAGAGACAGAAGCUGUUCGUAAACAGUAUGUAAAGAUUCUUGACGCUUAUGGAUGUUUAGGGGUUUUGCAAUUAAAUGCUGGAGAAACAACGAUUUUAUAUCUUGUGUUAGUCACUGGAUGUUUUUCAGUGGGGAAAAUUGCUGAUAGCGAAAUAUUUCGCAUAACACAAACUCAAUUUGUAUCUUUACAACAUCAACAGCCAAAUGAAGACAAGAUUUCUGAAGUACGGAAAGUUCUCAAUUCAGGAACAUUUUAUUUCUCAUGGAAUUCAAGUUCUGAAAAGCCGUCAACUUCAGCCCAGAAUUUCGACAUAACUCUGAGUGCUCAACGUCGUCGGAAAACAAACGAAACUGACAAUCGAUUCUUCUGGAAUCGCAUGUUACACAUUCAUUUAUUACGAUUUGCUGUUGAAUGCGAGUUUUGGCUAUUAAAGGCCAUGUGUGGAUCAAUUGAGAUAAGAACUGUCUAUGCUGGUUCAAGACAAGCUCGUGCAGUCAUCAUUUCCAGAUUAUCUUGUGAAAGAGCUGGAACUCGCUUCAAUGUACGCGGUUGUAAUGAUGAAGGCUAUGUAGCGAAUUUUGUUGAAACAGAACAAGCAAUUUAUCUCGACAACGAAGUGACAUCAUACUUACAAACACGAGGUUCAGUUCCAUUGUUCUGGGAGCAACCAGGUGUCCAAGUUGGAUCGCAUAAAGUGAAAUUAUCUCGUGGUUUCGAAGCAACAGCUCCAGCUUUCGAUCGUCAUAUGACAAUGAUGAAAUCUCGUUAUGGGCGUCAAGCAAUUUGUAAUCUUCUUGGAACAAGCUUAAUUGGAAGUAAAGAAGGAGAAGCAAUGCUUAGUAAUGAAUUCCAGAAACAUCAUGAAAUGUCUGUUCACAAAGAUGUUCCACAUAUCGUCUUCGAUUAUCAUCAGGAAUGUCGAGGAAAUCAAACGAAUUUAUCGAAGUUAAAAGAUCGUUUGGAGAAAUGUUGUGGAAGUUUUGGACUUUUCUUUGCAUCAUCUGAUGACGUUAAUCAAGAACAAUAUGGAACUAUAAGAACAAAUUGUCUGGAUUGUCUUGAUAGAACGAAUUGCGUUCAGACGUUCAUUGGACUAGAAGUUCUCAAUGAGCAAAUUAAAAUCAUUGGAUUAGCUGAUAAGAAGCAAACACUUUCAAGGUUUGAGGAAGUUUUUAGACAGAUGUGGAUAUCCAAUGGAAAUGAAGUCAGUAAAAUUUAUGCUGGUACUGGUGCAAUUGGAUCAAUUGGAGCUGGUGCUGGUUCAAAAAUUAUUGACGGUGCAAGAUCGGCAGCUCGAACAAUACAAAAUAAUCUUCUCGAUUCAUCAAAACAAGAGGCAAUCGACAUUCUUCUUGUCGGCUCCACAUUAAGUUCUGAACUUGCUGAUCGUGCAAGAAUUUUGUUGCCAACGAACAUGUUACAUGCUCCAACUCCGGUUUUAAGGGAAAUGUGCAGACGCUAUAAUGAAUAUGUUUCCCCAGCUGAAUUGAGAGUCGCUAUAGGGACUUACAAUGUUAAUGGUGGAAAACACUUUCGAAGUGUCAUUUAUAAAGAUUUGUCACUUAUCGACUGGCUGGCGCCUAAAAAUGACGCAAUCAUUGACAUUGAACAUUCUGAUUCUGUUUAUGAUAAAAUGGCAGACAUUUAUGCAAUAGGAUUCCAAGAAAUUGUUGAUUUAAAUGCGGGUAAUAUUGUCGCAGCAAGUUCUGAUAACGCAAAAGCUUGGGCUGAAGAGUUACAACGAGUGUUGUCAAAAGAUGACGAACCAUACGCUUUGUUAACGAGUCAACAACUUGUUGGUGUUUGUCUUUACGUAUUUGUUCGUCCACAAUUAGCAAAAAGUAUUCGCGAUGUUGCAACUGAUUCUGUUAAAACUGGACUUGGUGGUGCGACUGGUAACAAAGGCGCUGCCGCUAUUCGUUUUGUAUUGAAUGGAACAUCGUUCUGUUUUGUUGCUGCACAUUUUGCUGCUGGUCAAUCGCAAGUUAUUGAAAGAAAUGCUGAUUAUGCUGAAAUUACAAGAAAAAUUGCUUUUCCAAUGGGAAGAACAUUGAAAGGACAUGAUUAUGUCUUCUGGUGUGGCGACUUCAAUUAUCGCAUUGACAUGGAUAAAGAUGAGAUGAAAGAAAUUUUAAAAACAGGAGAUUUGAAACCAGUUUUAGAGAAUGAUCAAUUGAGAAAACAACAAGAAGCUGGAAGCGUGUUUAACGAUUUCUUGGAAGGUGAAAUUAAUUUUCCCCCAACAUACAAAUAUGAUUUGUUUAGUGAGGAUUACGAUACGAGUGAGAAAGCUCGAGCACCAGCAUGGACUGAUCGUGUUUUAUGGAGAAGAAGAAUCCGUCAAUUAGAUGCCGAUGAUCCAAACUUUAACCCUGGAAAAUUACUUUUCUAUGACGGACAAGCUGCACUAGCUGCUGUCAAACGUAAAAAAAAUCUUCAAGUGUGUGGAAUAAAUUUAUCAAUCAAUCUUAAAACUGAAGAUUGGGUGAAGCAAGUUGAACGAGAAAUUGAAUUAUGUACAACAAAUUGUGUUCAACUUUGUGAAUACAUCGACGUUUCAUCAAAUUCUGAUUACAAUAGUUUAGGCAUUCCAUUAGCUGGUGGAGAACAAACAAAGAAAAAACCUCCAGCUAGACCACCUGCACUACCGAAAUCCCCACAAGUUACUCCAAAACAUCAUCCAAGGCACACGGCUGGAGUUAUUAAUGUCAACAACAUAAUUCGUCCACAACAAUCUCAACCGCAACCACAACUACCAGAGAGGCCAUGUUUGCCUCCAAGACCGAAAGCUAUGGAACAAAAAUCAGAUCAAAUUUCACCUCCAUCUGAGCAAACGACAAUGGAAGCUGAAACGUACCAAGCACCAUCAGCAAUUUAUGAAGAAAUUCAAGACGAUAUUAAAGGAAGAGGAAACAGAAAAAUGGCAUCGUCAAGACGAGAGGAACAAUCACUUCUUGGUCACAGUCGAUCGAACGGCACUUCAAUUGUCUCUAGCAGAAAUGAUUCAACUGAACCUGUUCGUCUCACACCUGCUUGGGAAGCUCAGAAUCUCCCCAAUGAUGAUCUCAAUUUCAAAGGAAUGACGAUGGAACGUGCGAGACUGGAAUGCGAACCACCAAGUGACAAAUUCAAGCUUAUCUUCCUCAUUCUUGUUCUGCAUGGAAUCGGAACGCUUACGCCGUGGAACAUGUUCAUUACAGCAAAAGAUUAUUUCGUGAAUUACAAAUUAUCAGCGAAUUAUACUGGACAGAACAACACAGUGUACAUUGAUAAUUUCUUACCGUACAUUGGAUUCGCAUCUCAAAUUCCCAACGUGCUCUUCAAUUGGUUGAAUAUAUUCGUGAAUCUUGGUGGUGAUCUGACGAAACGUGUCGUUUGGAGUUUAGUUGUUGAAAUCAUCGUCUUUCUUAUCACCGUGAUUCUUGCCAUGGUUGAUUCGUCAGAUUGGCCAGGAACCUUCUUCUGGGUGACAAUAGUAUCAGUCGUAAUACUUAACAUUGCUGGUGGCAUCUUCCAAAAUACUGCUUAUGGAAUGGCUGCCAAACUCCCACCAAAGUACACUGGAGCUGUCGUGUUGGGAUCAAACAUCAGCGGACCUUUCGCGUCCGUGAUAAGCAUCUUGUCAGGCUCCAUCUGGCCUUCCGUUCGUAAAGCUGCCAUUUAUUACUUUAUCACGGCUAUGUUUGUUAUUCUGCUAUGCUUUGACACUUAUUUUGCAAUGCCAUUGAAUAAGUUUUAUCGCUAUCAUGAGCUGAUGAGCGAGAAGAAGCAAGAGAAAGCACGUCGCGCUGGUAUCAACAUCAAAGCCCACCCGCCUUACUACAAAAUCUUCCGUCAAUCAUUUAUGCAGCUUUUCAACGUCUUUUUCAUUUUCUUUGUGACACUAACUGUUUUCCCAACCGUCCAUUCUGACAUCAAACAGCUGGGCGAAGGAAAGUUUUUGGGAAUUGUUCCAAGAGAAUUGUUCACGUCGAUCACUUGCUUUUUCACGUUCAACUUUUUUGCGAUGUUGGGAAGUUUAGCAACGAGUUGGGUGAAAUGGCCAUCUCCAAGAUUUUUGAUUAUUCCCGUCUUAGCUCGUGUUGUUUUUAUCCCACUCUUUUUAUUCUGUAAUUACCAUCCACUUUCAAUGGAACGUGUUCUUCCAGUUUAUAUCACCAAUGAUUAUGUCUACUGGACGAUUGCCAUUAUCAUGAGCUUUAGCUCGGGAUACUUGAGCUCCUUAGCGAUGAUGUAUGCUCCACAGUCACAGACAAACCCCCAAUAUCAGAUAACUGCGGGAAUGAUGGCUGCUGCAAUGCUUAUUACUGGCAUCUUCACUGGCAUCCUUUUCUCCUACAUUUUCCCAUCAUUCGUGAAAGUUGCUGUUAACUUUUAAGAAUAGAAAUGGAGCAUUAAGAAUUGCUCUAGUCGCAAUCUCAUGUUGCUAGCAUGGAAUUAAAGAAAAUUGUUAAUGAUUUCAUACAUUUAACACCAAUAAUUAAAUACGAACAAGUAGAAGGAAAAUUUUAUUUCUUUCUUUUCUUUCAUUUUUAUUUUCAAUAUCUUUGAAAAAUUGAAGAUAAUAAAAAGUUCAGUAAAAUUUUAAUGUCAGUCGAUAAAUUUCCGACGACAAAGUAGAUAUUUAAAUUCAUAAUAUGACCUGAUAUGAUUAGAUAAACAUUAUUAGAUAUCUACCCACAUUUUGAAUAAGAAAUAAAACUAAGCAAUGAAACCUCAAUAUAAACAAAAAGGUUGUUAAAGUUAAAACUAAAAUAUGAAUGAGCUCGAAUUGUUUUCAUUUUCAUUUACUUUAAUUGACAUUCAAUGCAAAGAAAGAAUUAAAAAUUUUAUUAUUUUGAUUAUCUUUUAUAAUUUUUUGUUAAUGUUAAACACUGAAAUCAGACGCUAUUUUGUUCUUGCCAAAAUCCUAAUUUUUUUUGUGAGUGAUUUGCAUUUAUAAAUAAUUAAUUGUUAAUGAAUUGAUCCUUUGAGACGUAAAAUAUCUAACAUAAAAAUAAUUGUUAGUUCAAAGUUAAUGUUAAGGAAUUAAAAAUACCUUAAAGCUUAGUAUUUCAUUAAACCAACAACCAACAUAAUCUACUCUAAGACAUUCAAUCAAUCAAUCAUUCAUUCAUCUUAUGAAAUCUUUAUGAACCAAAAAUUCUUUACCUCUAAGAAACUCUUUUGAUAAAUUUUUUCUCAUGAUAUCCUUACACAAUAAAUGGCUCAAACUAUCUACAUAAAUUGAAAUAAAAUUUUUAAGAAAAGAAAGAAAAGUGGAAAUUGACUGAUUAUAGAGCACAAAGGAAGUCUUUGAUAAGACAGCAAAUUUUUCAUAGUUUUUGAUAUUUCAACAUUUUUCUAUCCAAUAAACUUUUCUCUUUUCCAAAUGAAGUUCAUCACUGCUUUUCUCUACCCAUAGAAAUGAAUCCAUUUAUGAAUAAAAAUAAAUCAGGGUUAAAGGAAAUUUGACUUAAAUAACAAUAAAAAAAUAAAUCGACAAUAACUGAAAUUAUCAAUGAGAAAAUAAUUUUUUAGCGUGGAUUUUUCUACAAUAAUUUUUUGUUUGUAUUUUUAAUCAUAAUAUUUUUAAAAAAGUUCUUUUCAAUGGAUGUCUAAUCAUUUAAAAAAGUAGAGAAAAAUGCUUUCGGUUUUAACUUAAUUUUAAAACACGGAAAGUGAAGCGAAUAUUUAAAAUAUUUUAUUUCAAAUUAUUAUGUUGAAGGAAAAGAAACUCAUUGACGUGCAGGGAAUUCUCUAUAACAACUUUUAUAAAAAGAAUCUCUCUAUGAAAAGAUUGCGUACGACGGAUUUCCUCUCCACAAAUUUCUUUGUCUUCAAAAAGUUUUUAUAGAGGGUUCUCUGCAUGCUUUUCUUCUGGGAAAUUAUUUUGAUUUGUAUACGCAUGAUAAUAUUAAUUGUAUCAAGUUUAAGUUGAUGUAAAC